AUGACGUUUUGGCGCUGCCCGCUGUGUGUGUUCUUCGCGGUGAACCUGAUAAGAGUGAUAAAUCACGUAGCAGAAACGCAUAGUGCGGAGUCGAACUUUACGAUACUUUGCGGCAUCGAUGGCUGCUGUCACACAUUCAAGGUGUUCAACUCGUAUCGCCGCCACGUUUACCGGAGUCACUCCGAGCAUCUACAGACGUCCGGGGGUUGCGGGUCUGGUCUCGCUGCCGUCGGAGGAGCGGAACCCCAGAAUGAGGUCGACCCCCAGAACGAGGUCGACCCCCACAACGAGGUCAACGCAGAGGACCUAUCAUUUGACCUUCCUCAAGAGCAAGCAGCGGCUGCUCCCCUUUCACCAACUGAGAGGCCCAUCGAAACAUUCGACGAGUUUGUUAGAGGUCUGCAAACGAACAUCUGCUUGUUUUUUUUUAAACUUGCUGAAAAGCACAAGAUGCCACAUAUGACCUGCGAGAACGUCUUCGGCGACUUCCAGUCUCUGCUCGAGGUGAUCCUGAACAAGCAUGCCGAGCAGAUCCGGCAAGCCAUGACCGUUUCCGACACCCUGACUGACAGCCAUGGUGUGUUCGGUACCGACUUCCCUAGUUGCCUCUUCGACAAGGUCAAGAGCAGCUAUCAGAGGGAACAAUUCGCGAAGAGGAACUUCUUGUACGUGGAGCCUGAAGAACACCUGCUCCUAAGCCCAGAGACUUCAUCGUUCCAGUACAUUCCAAUUGGAAAGGUAAUUGAAAACCUGUUCGAAGUUCCCGCAUUGGCAGAACACCUCUUGCAGCCAGCAGAGCAGUUGAGGACCGAUCCACAUGAAUUGCGGUCCUUUCGUGAAGGCACAGCACUGAAGCAAGUGCCAACGAAUAACGAUGAAUCUGUGCACAACCUUCAUGUUGCGUUGUACACUGAUGAACUGGGGAUUACGAACCCCUUGGGGCCAAAUCAAAAGCGACACAAGUUGUUGGUGGUCUAUUUUUCCCUACUCGACCUCCAUCCAAGAUACCGCGCAGACUUGAGCAACAUACAUUUGACACUGAUGGCCAAGUACCAGGAUGUCGAGAAGGAGGGACUCCAGAAAGUGUUAGACCCCCUUCUCCGUGACCUGGCUGAACUGAGGGACCACGGUUUUCAAGUUCAAAGCAGCAAAGGAAGUACAAGGGUCAAGGCCACAGUUGCUGCCAUUUGUGGCGAUAAUUUGUCCCUCAACAAGCUUGGAGGAUUCUCCUGUUGUUUCAGCAGUGGCAGAGUGUGCAGAUUCUGCAUGGCCCACAAAGCCACGCUUGCAGACCUCACGAGGGAAGACCUGUGCACAUUAAGAAAUGCUGCCACACACAGCAAACACCUGUCAGCAAUUUCUGUGAAUCCAGCAUUGAAGAAGCUGUACGGUGUCAAUGGACCCUCGCCAAUGCUGGCAUUGGAGAACUUUGACAUCACCAAGCAACUCAUGCCAGAUGUUAUGCACGACAUGUUUGAGGGAGGAUUUGCCGUUGUCUUGCACUACACUCUUCAGGGACUCACUUCAGAUGGCAUCCUGACACUGUCAGACUUUGGCAAAGUGGCAACAUUUAAGGUCGGCUUCAACGAUAAAAAAAAUAGGCCCGAAGAACUGCAAGCUAACUUCUCCAGGGACCACCGUGCCUUAAAAGGCACCGCUUCCCAAAAGUGGUGUCUGUUCAGGCUGCUGCCAUUGAUGGUUGCAUCCUGCAUCCCGGAGGGAAACUCACACUGGGAGGUUUACUUGAUGUACCGAGAAAUUGUGGACAUGGUGCUUGCUCCCAUCAUACCCACUGACAUCCUGCCGUAUCUUGAAGAUAGGAUUCAGGCUUUUCUGCGAACCUUCAGCGAGCUGUACACAUCAGCUAGUGUCUCUCCCAAGCUGCACUACCUUAUACAUUACCCUCGAAUCAUAGAAAGGUAUGGCCCUCUACAGCAAUACUGGUGCAUGCGGUUUGAGGCCAAACACCAGUAUUUCAAGAGCAUGGCAUCGAAAAACAAGAACUUUGUGAACAUCGGCAAGUCCCUAUCCACACGGCAUCAGCUUCUGCAGAGCUACGAGCUCCACAUGUAUGUUCUUGACAAGAAUGUCUGCGCCACCGGCCUCAAAGCCAUAGCUCCCGCUGAGCUAAAUCCCUGCGCGCGGAGCCUUGCGUCUGAUGGCCAGGUAUGGGAGGCAAGGUCUGUCAAGACAAGCACAGGAGGCUAUCGGAAGAAGGAUGUUCUUGUAAUGAACAGAACAACGUCCCUCAGCUUUGCUGAGGUUAGUGCACUCUACCUCAAGAAUGGUAAAGUGUUUCUCCUCCUCAACGAGCUGGAAGUAGAAAUGUACCGCAGGCACAGGUGCUGUUACAAAGUGCGGAGGACCGAGAACUUCUACCUCUCCCAAACUGGCAAGGAAGCCUGUUUCCAACGUUUAGAUUUGUACACGGGAGGAGAGAUCGUGCCAAAGUGGGACCUCUUCUAUUACCCUUAA